UGCGUCGGGAGAUGUAAAGUCUUAUAGAUAUUAUUUAGUUUUUAGUAAUUCUAUCGUUUUCAUGAACAAUUGCUUGUAAUGGUAUUUUUUACAAAAUAAUUUGUAAAUAAUAAAUCAGCUGUUAGUACAGUGGUGAUAAAAAAGUAUGACAAAUUAUUUAACUUGUACGUAAUCUGUGCGUGUAAUGUUUGUAAGGAUGAUUGUUAUCAAGUCCAAGUGAAAUGAACGCUAAUCAUGAGGAUAAUAUGUAAUGUAACUAUAUUUCGACGUCCACACCUCCUCAUUUGAUAAAUUUUAUUCAAUAUAUAUUAAAUUAUUAGUUGGUUAACGGUAAACUGGGUCACCAGUGGAUAAAGUUAUUAAACCAUAUUGAUUACAAUGAAUGAGAAAAAGUUGGUGCAGAAUUUUAAGAGUUACAUCAAUGUAUCGCCUAUGAAUAAUGGAGAUAAGAAUGGAUCUAUUCAAGAGCUGAAACCAAAACUUCUUAAUGGCGAACUUGUGGUGGGAGCGGCGCACAGCGUUGUAAUGCUGGCGCCUCUAAGCGAACGGGAUCGUGGAAGAUUCGGGUCUCUUUUCGUCACAAACUACAAGCUGUCCUUCAUACCGAUCGAUAGCUCGAGCAAUGACGAGUAUGGCCAAAGAAAUCAGCUUGUGGGUACUUUCGACGUACCGUUGACGGGCGUCGGUGCGUUAUGGCAGACCGACGGUGGGCCCAUACGGCGCAGGAGGCUUCUUCCACGGUCCGAUGUACCGUCGAAAUUAAAAGGACUACAAAUUGUUUGUAAGAAUAUGAAAGUACUGACAUUCAACUUUGCGAACUCACCGAUCGGCAGCGGAAGGAAAGUGGCGAUGGCCCUGUUACACCACGCCUUCCCGAAACGCCACGAUUUAUUAUUCGCAUUCGAGUACCGAGAACCUUACUACCCGACUCUGCCCUCAGAUCUGAACAUGUUUCAAAGACCCGGAGACUGGAAGAGAGAGCUCGAAAGAUGUGAAUGUCCACAUUGGAGAAUCACUUGUAUAAACGGAACGUCGGACGCGUUCAUGCUUACAGCGGGCGAGACUUUGAUCGUGCCCGGUUCGGUAUUAGAUUAUAAUCUAAUAGAAGCGGCGAGGCACUUCAGAUCGGGCCGAGUGCCGAUCUGGGUCUGGGGACGACCGGAAGGAGCGGCGCUACUGAGAAGCGGGGAGCUACUACCGACAGAACAGUCGGCGACGGCCGAAAGCGUUCUCUUAGAACAAGUGCGGCGCUCCCACCCCAAGCUGACGCCGCCGCGCGUGCUGUACGUGUGCGGCGCGGGGGGCGCGGCGGGCGCGGCGGGCGCGGGCGGCGCGGGCGCGCUGCCGCCGCUGGCCGCGCUCGACGCCGCCUACAAGAAGCUGGCCGACCUCUGCACGCCCACCACGCUCGCCGGCUUCUGGACGCAGGACUCCCAGUACUACUCGUUCCUGGAGUCCAGUCGCUGGCUGCGGCACGUUGCGUCGUGUCUGACGUUCGCGGACGAGGCCGCCAAUCAGCUCUCGCAGAACGUGUCCGUUGUGCUGCAGGAGGGUGACGGCGUGGACUACAGCGCGGUAGUGUCGUGCUUGACGCAGCUGUUGCUGGACGAGCACUACCGCACUAUCACGGGCUUCCAGUCGCUUAUACAGAAGGAGUGGAUCGCUCUGGGGCACCCGUUCUGUGACAGACUCGGUCUUCCUCGGCCCGGCACAACGAAAGAAGAAACCGAGAAGGAACCAACAGCGCAAGUGGCACCAGUGUUCCUUCUGUUCCUGGAUUGCACCUGGCAGCUACAGCGGCAGUUCCCCGCUGCCUUCCAGUUCACCGAGACCUACCUCACAACGCUUUGGGACUGCACGCACAACCAUCUCUUCGAUACAUUCCUAUUCAACUGCCCAAGGGACAGAGAACUUGCCGUGGCGAAGAACUUCGUGCAACGUCCGUUAUGGGACUGGGAAGAGCAGUUCUCCGAGCAAGACAUCGCUCUGUUCUAUAACCCGCUAUUCGGACAAUCGACACCCUCGUCUCGACAAACGACGGGCGCGGCGACGGCGGCGCGCGCGGCCCGCCUGCAGCCGUGCGCGUCCGUGGGCGGCGUGGAGCUGUGGUCGCAGUGCUACGAGCGCUGGCUGCCGCCGCUCGACGCGCCGCGCGCCGGCCACGUGCAGUUCGUGCUGCAGCACGCCGCGCUGCGCGCGCAGAUACAGAAGCUGAACGAGAAGCUGUCCUCGCUGUCGAUACUCAGUCGCCACUCGAACGGCUCCGAGACGACGGAGGCGCCGGAUGCGCCGCCGACGCCGACGCCGACCGUGACGCGCUUCUUCCCCUUCAGCCUGCGGGGCACCUACGAGGUGAGCCGGAACCUGGACUCCAUGCACGUGAGCCUCAUAGACGCUAGUCAGCUGCUCGAUUCGCAGUCUUUGCUCAACGCGCCGGAUUAAUUCCGACUUUGAACCGGUAGAUACAAUUUUGUCGGCGUUUUCAAAAAUGGACGUUUAUAAAAUAUUAAGUGAGUAUGACUGGGCAUUGAGCCCGAUUCCUUUACGUCGCUGCCGUGUGCUAAAUUAGAAAAAAUGUAAAAAUAAUAUUUUCAAAUUGAAUAAUGAGGAAUAACGUAUGUUAUUAUUUAAUUAGAUGUUACAUAUUCUUUUUUUAAUGAACAAUUUGUAUUUAAGAAAAUAGCUGUAUUAUAUCAAAAUAAUAGAAAUAGUUAUAUGUAAUCAAAAUAUUGAUAAUAAAGCGAUCAAGAGAUUACAUAGAACAAAAAGUAAAUAGCUAAAGCCAUUGUAUCGAAAAGUAUUAAAUAGAUUCUAAUAUAUUUUGUUCGAUGUACAUUCGUAAGCCAUGAAAUAUAUGUACAUAGUUGUAUAACCUAGCUGUAGAUAAGAUACGAGUUAAGGAAUUGAUUUGUAUAACAAUCUGGAAAAAAAAAUUACCAUUAAAUAUUUACAUGAAUAUGGCAACAUUAAUAUAUUCCAAUGCAAAAAAAGUUACAAAACAAAGUUAUCUUAAUGCAGUGUUCCUGCAUUAUUAUUUUUAAGCCACAUUCAUUUAAGUACCGAGUUUGUAUUUUAAUUUUUAUAAUAUCUUUAUGUAAUACAUAACAAUUUUUAUCUGUUACCAUGCUUGUUGUAUUAACAUUUUGUUAUAUCCUUUAUAAUUUAGUAACAACGCAGUUUUAAAUCAUUCAUAUAUCAUUUUACAUUUAAAAAAUGCUUAAAAAUCAUUAUUAUUUAUGUCAUUGAAUGUAACUUUUAAGUUAAAAAUGUUUGAAUAAUUAAAGCGCGCACAUUACGUUAUCUGGAUAUUCAAGAAUGAUUCACAACUGUGUUCUGAAAACAGGACCAAAAUUAUUUAUUAUGAUUGAUUAUGUCUAUCAUUAUUUUCGUUGUAAAUAUGGCAGCUACCGAGUUUAAUUUAGUUUGUUAUUAAUUUUAACAAAAAUAAUAUAUUUAUAGUUUGAGUUUUAAUGUACAUUAAAAUGACGAAAAACACGAUUUUGGCUGUUUAUAAAAAAAUAAUGUUCAUUUAUGUUAGUUGUGGAGAAUAUAGAAGAAAUAGGUUUUAAAUAUCAAACAAAACUACUUUUCCAAAUUUUGACUCAGUGAGAAAACUUAAAUUGAAUAUAUGUAUUAAUUCGAUUCCAUAAUUGCGUAAAAAAUGCAUUUAAUGGAAUACAAUACAAGUACUCUCUGGAAAUAAUUAUAAUAAAUAUAUUUGAAAAUUAUAAAGAUUUUAUUAUAAAUUGUUGUGACAUCGAAAUAAGUAUACAUAAGAAUUGGCUGGACAAAAUGGCAAUUUAAUUCAAAUAAUUGUUAAUUGUUGAGCGAAGUUUACUUUUGAUACAUAUUUAUAAUAUUUUUGGAGUACUCAAACUUUAGGCAUUUAGGGUCAUAUUAUUAUAUUAUAUUUAUACAAAUCGAUAUUUUGUAUAGAAAGUUGAUGUAACGCUAAAACGACUAUGGUUUAAAAAUUGUGCCAUUUCAUUAUAUGAAUGUUCAGCUGAUAUAAAUCUGUACGACUUAAGAGAAAAAGAAUCGACCCAGUGUUAAUAAGCGAUAGAUGUAACAUCUUCACCGUAUUUGUUCUGUUGUUGAGUGUACCUGACAACGCAAAAUGCAGAAAUGUUCAAAUAAAACAAUUAGAAUUCCCCCA